UCAUGAUGCUUGCCAGUCAAUGUGCUCUUUGGCAAAUUGUAACCUCUUCAGCAUGUCUUUUUUUCAACAGUGGGACUUUGCGGGGGCUUCUUGCAGAUAGCUUGGCUUCACAUAGGCGUCUUCUAAUUGUAACAGUACUCACAGGUAACUUUAGACCUUCUUUGAUCUUCCUGGAGCUCAUUGUUGGCUGAGUCCUUGUCAUUUUGGCUAUUCUUCUAUCCAUUCGAAUGGUAGUUUAUCGCUUUCUUCCACGUCUUUCAGGUUUUGGUUGCCAUUUUAAAGCAUUUGCGAUCAUUUUAGCUGAGCAGCCUAUCAU